AUGGACUUUUCCGGUAUUGAAUUGCACUUCCGUACCCCACGACUAGGCUUCCAAGUCUUUCAUUACUCAAACGAUAUCUCCAACCCCCACGCCCUGCCCUUGGCACACAACAUUGGAAUCUUUAACACCCUUGAGCAAGCACAAGAUGCAGCCCAAACCGAGUUGGCACAUGUCUUGGAAUUCCAUCUCAACCAAGGGCACGUCGGUCGUUGUUUUCGCGACAUGAAUCUCAGUCUGCGCGGUCUCAUCACAGCGUACGUGGACAGCUUGAAUGACACCAGACAGUUGGUUCGGCGCGAGCUCAUUUUGAGCGAAUUCCACAUUGUGAAAGUUGACGUCUGGGAUCCAUCGUGGGCUGUUGAGGCCCAGAGGGCUGUUCAUGAAAGCAAUGUGCAAGCGCAUGGAGCAGUCAUGCCAACACGUGAACCAUCCACGCACAAAUGUCCUUCGGAAAUAAAUUCAACAUAUGUUCAGCACGAUGAAGAACGUUCGCCAGAAUGGGCAAGAUCUCGCAUCCCACUAUUUGCUCGUCGAGACGAAUGGCCCUUGCGUCGACCAGGCGACCCACCUUACACAGUACGAAUGGGCUUUUCGCCACCAAAGUUAAUACCUUGUAUUCGGUCCGUAUCCGAGCAGUUAGUCAAACCUCAAAAUAGUAAGCUUUUGCGAAGAAACAGCUGGUGA